AUGUACAGAAGUGACAGUCCACUGGUGAAUGACAACAGCAGUUAUGCGGGAUCAUUACAGUCAAACAACUUCUCGGUCACAGAUGAGGCGUCAUCACAGGUGUCAUGCAUGUCAAGGCCCAGUCCAAAGUCAAUAUACUUGCGGAGGAAGGAGUACGCCGCCUCCAUGAACAAGACCAUCAAGUAUUUCCAUUACAGAGUGGAGCAUCUCCUUACAUGUGACCUGGACAGUGCUGAGCUGCAAAGCCUUACAGAUUGCAUCGAGAGGCUCGAUUUGCUCGACAAGAUGGGUCGAGUGUGGGGCCAGAACAUGCUGCUGGAGGUCAACGGGCCCGACCUGCUUCUUACCGACAUAGAGACCAGGGAGGUGCUGGAGUCCAUCCAUCUGUGUGACGUUCUGGAGCUGAGAGCUGUGUUGAACACUUCAGCGUCAAACUCUCUCCUGGCUUUGAGAGUCAAAUCCAGCAGGAAACACACCACAUGCGUCUUCCUGUUCCACUGCGAGGAUGUCAGGGCUGAUUAUGUCCAAAGGGGUCUCUCAUUGGCACGUUUAAGUGCAGCUCAAGAUGAAGUCAACCGAAGUCAACUUGAAGCCAAGGAGAAGCCUUUCGAGUGGGACCCUCCGGAUUACAAUGAAGACACAGACCUGGUUGCAGCUCCAAAAGAAGUUGAUGAUGCUAAUCAGGAGGAAGAGGAGGAGAAGAUUUCAAUCAAAGAAGCACCUUCGCAACCUCCACGGCCUUACACAGAGUUGGACAGAGACGUGGACAUCUUAAAUCACAUCGUGAGUGAUGUUGAGAUCUUCAUGGGAAAGGUGGCCGCUUCAUUAGCAAAAAAUGCGAAGAAAAAAAAGAAAAAGAAAAAAGGUAAAGCACUGGCCGGUAUGCCUCCAACGUCAGAGUUUGCAGAGUGUCUUCAAAAGAUUAAAUAUGGUUUCAACCAUCUGGUCAACCUAAUGGGAAAGAUUGACAACCCUGGUGUUUCCAUAUUUGUGCACUGCCUGUUCUCUGCGUUACAAUUUGUCGUAUCUCAGUGCUCUGAGGACGUUCCCCCGAGCAUCGUGGCUCCCCUGCUGACUCCUCAGUGCAUCUGUCUGAUGAGUGAGGAGGCGACCGAGGAGGAGGACAAGCUGUGGCAGUCUUUGGGAGACGCUUGGAAUAUUCCCAGCACCAAAUGGCCCGAGGAUGACGAAGAUAUCCCAACGUAUAACCUGCAGUUUUUUGAUGGUUGGCAGCCUCCUGAGCUCAGGGAACCCCCUGCAGCCCCCAUCGAGACCCCGGUCAGGGUGCAAGCAGUUCGACAGCCCCUGCCCAGCAAGACACCGUCCACUCCUCCUCCUCCGUCUCCUCCUCCUCCUCCAGUAACACAACAUGCAAGGAUACAAACUAGGUAUGCUAGACUACCUGAGAAGAAGCUACGUCGCAUGCGCGUCAUGCACGACUUCAUCUCCAGAAACAACAGGGAGCUGACCAUCAAGAAAGGCGAAAUUGUGGAGUUGCUGGACAUGAGAAAGCUGUGGUGGAAAGUGAGGAACAGUCGAGGAGAAGAAGGCUUUGUUCCCAACAAUGUCCUCACUGAAAAGGAAGAACAAGCUGAUGCCGCGGUGACUGCUCAAAUUGAGUGCACUAACUCUCCGAUCUUAAGCAAGAAAUCCAAACCAGCAGAGGUCAAAGCCUGGCUUGAACACAUGGGCUUCACCAAGAUAACGGUUCGUUGCCUGGGCGUGCUGAGUGGCUCCAUGCUCCUGAGUAUGAGCCGUGAGGAACUGAAGACAGUUUGUCCAGAAGAAGGUGGAAGAGUCUUCUUCCAAUUAAAAGCAGUUCGCUCCGGAUCCUUGGCUGUAAGCAGCAACCUGAGCUCAGGAGGCAGUCUACUCAUGGAGAAAAACGUCGCCAGAGACGCGGUCAUGACCUCUGGCAUUUUCCCAUUGUCACUUUUCACAUGA